UUGCCAAUCGGGUUUUCUGUGAACUUUGAAUUUUACAGUUUCUGUUUGUGGACAAAUGAUUCGUUAAAAGAGUUGAAGUUAGCGAGCAUUCCGCUUCACGAUGCGUGACCAUCGUUUCACUGUCACACAUUACAUUUAACCCCUCGACACCAUUACUCGAAAAAAUUCUCCGUAAUUUUCUACAUUUUCUGUUCACCUUGUCACUUCCACCUUAGAAAUUUGGAAAACCAGACCUCCCAUUUGGUUAAAAAUAUUUUAAACAUCGCGUCCGAAUAAUCUGUAAAUAAACAAUAUGAACAAGUAUGUUCUCCAGGAUAAAGCGCUAAGAUAUGAGAAAUUAGCGAAACCCAAAGAGAGAAUUGACAGAACCAGCAACCGGAAUCCGUUUAAUGUGAAAUCUGGAGCCUUGUGUUACGAAAUUACAGACUCUAUAAACAAACUUGCCCAGCCAAAACGAAAACCAGCGAAAAAUGUGUCUGCUGCGACCGUGAGCUCGUCCGUGAAAAGUGCUCCUGCAGCUGCAGCGGUGAAACACGGAGACCACAAACUGAUAAACAGCAACGAGCAAUCGAGGGAUGCGCAGGAAUCGAAGAAAAAGAGAUUUCUGUUGGACACCUACGCUCGAAUCGUCGCUGCCAGGAACAAACGUUGCUCGAAACGUUUGAAUGAACUAGCCAAACCAAAAACUUACUCGAAACAGGCCGAGGAUUACGAACAUUUCGAUAAUUACUUUCAAACGAUCAAGAACUACAACACGAAACAUUCACGACUCGAAAGAAGAGACCACCACUAGUGACCAGGAAAACCGAUUAUAAUCAAUUUACUAUAGCUGAAAUGCAAAAGCAAUAAUAACAGACGUUUAAAAGAACCAUUGAAUUUUAUAGUUAUUACAUGUGUAUGUUUCGCAGUCCUCGUUAAAUUUUAAAGGUUUGCAAAUUUUUUG